AUUAAGUUUAUACUUAAUGCCUGACUUGCCUAAAUGGGAAAAGUUUCUGACCGGCUGGUAAUAAUUGGUACUGUACAGUAUGCACAUUACUGCUUUUUUUCACUCUCUGCAGGUAAGGCAAAUUGCCCGUACUUCGCAAAAGCUGAGUUUCUUGCAGACUUACUGCAAAGAUCUCUGCCGAAGUUCAACAUCCACAAGAUCUGCAUGCACCCCAAUGAGUGGCAGGUCAAUUAUUUGAUUAAAUGCAGUAAUUUAUCCAAAAAGUUACUUCCAAUGUUACUUUGCUCUCAUUUAAUUUAUCUUUUGUCUUAUUCCCAGCAAUGGCUGGAGACCACUUGUAAAGAACAUGGUUGGCAGCAUGAAAAUUCUCCUAUGAUAUGGAGGGAACUUAUCCACCGUGGGGGCAAAGGAAUGCUCCUAGGGGGAUUUAAUGACUUCCUGGAGCAUGUACAGGCUUACUAUAGCAUCAGCUCAGAUAUGACAUCUGAAUUGAUGAUGAAGAUUGCCGCAGAGAACCUGAAGACAAGAGAGAUCUGCAUGGAAGAGGAGGUUUACAAUCAGAGCCUCGUCAAGCCGAAGCACAUAUGGAUCAGUAGUGCCCUGAACCCGACCUGCUACAGCCUGAUCCCCCAGCUGUUUGCCCCUGGAGUCUUCCAAGACACCCCUACCAUCAGCCUUCACCUGCUGGACGUGGGGGCCGUUGAGGAGGAGCUGCAGGGGAUCCGGAUGGAAACCCAAGACCUGGCCCUGCCACAGCUCCAUGAAGUCACAGUCCACACAGAGCUGGACCAGGCCUUCCAGCAAGCACACACUAUCAUCCUCCUGGAUGACCUUUGGCCUGAGGACGGAGAAGCGGGUGAGGAUGAGGGAGAGAACAAGGUGAGGAAAGUGUCAGAGCGUUACCGACAGUUUGGGCGUCUAAUUGAGGAGAGGGCACACAAGGACGUGAUGGUGGUUGUGGCAGGAAACUCCUUGGUCAACCUAAAGUGCUCCCUUUUACUGGAGAACACCUCCUCGGUCAGUAGCGGGCGUUUUGUCGCCAUGGCAACUCAGCUGGAAUACGAGGCCAGAGCCCACAUAUCACAGAAGCUAUUUGUGAAGACUGCAGAUGUCACAGAUGUCAUUGUUUGGGGCAACAUCAGUGGUAGUUACCAUAUUGACCUGCAGAGGGCCAAGGUUUUCCAUUACAACGGGGCCAUCUGGGGGUGGUCAGAUUUUUCUCAACCUGUCCUAGAGAUGAUAUAUGACAGGAAAUGGCUAGAGUGUGACUUUAUGAGUUUGGUCAGUACCCAUCGUCACACUGUUGCCUCCAAGUCCCAGAGGGCCACAGCCAUAUCAGCCACCAAUGGGAUCAUUGCAGUUUUGAAGGCCUGGAACAACAACAGUUCUGCUGAGCAGGUCCUCUCGUUAGGGAUACUCAGCACUGGACAGUACAACCUUCCCGCUGGUGUUGUCUUUUCAAUGCCAGUCACCUUCCAGCAUGGGAGAUGGUCGGAGUUGUCUGAUGUAAUCAUUGGUGACGAACUCAGGGCCAAACUGCAGAUUGCUGUAGACGAACUCAGGGAGGAGAAAGACCUUGCAUCAAGGACAAGAAAAGGCACUUCAUGAAUUCACAAAAGAUUCUCUCUCUAAUAUAGUAAAGUUUUUCCAAAACUAACCAAAUGCUCUGUUUUAUUUUUUGAUGAGGACAUCUGCUGUUUUUUGCACAUUUAUAUCAUGUUUUUGGGUGAUUAUAAUACUGAUGACCUCAA